UGUUGUCCCGGCUGAUUCACGACUGCAUACAAUUCGUAGCAAAUGAAAUACUACAUCCUCGCACUUUUAUUUCUGCUUCUGGCUUGGUACGUCGUCCGAGAAGACUCAGAAAUUCCAAUCGAAAUGGAGAUUAAGAACGUCGCCUCCAACCUGAUCAAAAAUGUGGCCAGCGGCGAGUCGGUGGCGAUGUCCACCCUUUGGGAAACGCAGCCCACGGUGGUCGUCUUCUUCAGACGCUGGGGCUGCCUUUUCUGCCGCCUUUGGGCCCACGACCUCAAGCAAAUUGCCCCCAUUCUCAAGGAAAACAACGUUCGGCUGGUGGGUGUGGGACCUGAAGACAUUGGCGUCGAAGACUUCGUCGCCGGCAAAUUCUUUGAUGGAGAGCUCUACAUUGACACGGAGAAGAAGUCGUACAAUGGACUUGGGUUCAAAAGGUUCAACUGGUUCAGCGUGAUGGCCUCUCUGAUCACCAAAACCGCUAGGGACGCUAUGGGUCGAGGAAAGGCUAACAACCUUGGUGGAGACAUGAGAGGAGAUGCUCUUCAGAACGGAGGUGCCCUGGUUGUCGGCACAGGAGGAAAGUUGCUCUACAGUUUCCGGCAGGAAGGACCGGCUGACCAAGUGCCCAACAGCACUAUCUUGGGAGCUCUUGGAAUUAAGGUGCCUGAAGGUGUGGACGUGGAUCAGAAAAGCCAGCCUGACGCCCAGUGCACGAAGGACGCCAAAUAAAAUAAAUACCUCAAGUUUAAUUAAACUCUGUGGUGACUGGGAUUCUGCACAAGACUGAUUGAGUUUUGAAAUGGAUGAAUUAAAUUAAUCAUUGCAAUUAAAGGAACUUAUCUUCAAAAUACUGUUAAUGAGUUGAGAUAUUGAUCGAAUUUUCAAUUAAAUAAAAAUACGCCACUUUUGUUACAAAAUAA